GAUCAGUAUUGCUCUUCAAUCGUUGAGAAGAGGAUAUGAAUGAAUAUAUUUUCUAGAUUUUUUUUUCUUAUACUUUUUUUUCCACGUUCAUAUACGCUAUAUAUUGAUAAACGGUGCGAUUGAAUUGCGAAAUGUUGUGUACGCGAAAUCACGUUGCAAACACGUUACUCACAAUAAUUACAUUAAUUAUUCAAUUAUCUCACGCUAAUAGUGAAAAUAUUUCAGUUGAAAAGGAAAAUAUUGGGAGAGAAAAAAUUGAAAGUUUCCAACGACAAGGACUUCGUAAUUCCACAUCUGAAAAAAGGAAAUCGGAAUGUAUUGAAAGUAUAACGACAGUAAAUAAUGAAAGAGUGCUUUGUAAAAAUGAACUCAUUUUUGAGGAGAGAUUUCAUGGGGACUUAAAUGACUCUAUUUGGACUCGUGAAAUAAGAAUACCUUUGGAACCGGAUUAUGAAUUUUGCGUUUAUCGCAACGAUGGAAAUGUAAGAACUAACGAUGGUAUGUUGGAAAUUACUCCAAAAAUUUUGGAAGACUCUUAUGGAAAUAAUACUGUUUAUAUUGGAAAAAUGAUUCUAGCUGAUUGCACGAGUAACGUUGUUGAAGAAUGUCAACGUGAAGCGACAGGAUAUCAUAUUUUGCAGCCAGUAAUUUCUGGUCGUCUAUCAACAAAGCAGUCUUUUAAUUUUCGAUAUGGAAAAGUUGAAAUAAACGCAAAAUUCCCACAGGGCGAUUGGCUCUUUCCUGAAAUGUUUCUACUCCCACGUUACGAAAGCAAUGACGAUAAAUAUGCAUUCGCCAAAGUAAUUUUGGGCCUGGCUCGUGGCAACGAUAUUUUGUACGAUGACGAGAAAGAAUAUGGAGGUAAAUUUUUAGAAUUUGGAUUCAGAUUUGGUGAUUCCGAUCAUUUCCAAUAUAAAAAUAUCACUAAAUUCAGACACAGUGGUGCGUGGACAAAAGAUUUUCACAAGUACACGACCGUUUGGUCGGACGUUGGAAUGACAUUUUUAAUUGACGGCACAAAAGUUGGUUUCAUUAAUAUUCAAGAGGAAUUUGAGGAUCCAACUUCGAAAUUAAGGCGAUUCUCACCUUUCGAGCAGGAGUUUUAUCUUACUCUUGGAGUUGGAGUCGGUGGACUACAAGUUUUUUUCGAUGAUUUAGUUAGCGAUCAAUAUUCGAAACCGUGGAGAAAUUUGGGAGCAAAGGCAAUGUUAAAUUUCUGGAAAGCUAAAAAUCGAUGGCUACCAAGUUGGAAACGGCAAAGUGGAUCAGAAUCAAAAUUAAAAAUAAAAUCCGUCCGAAUUUGGUCCGUUUAGAAAAAAAAAUUUUUCUGAUAAAAUAAUUUGAAUUGUCACCGAAAAAAAUUGUUUGAUCAACAUUUCUUUUCUAAUCAAUAAGUUGCGUUUAUUCAGAAAUAAAAAAAAAUUCUCAAAAAUAUCGAAAGAAUCGUUAAUGAGGAACUUCAACUCACGAAAGGGGCAAGGUAAUAAAAGAAUAAUUCUGUAUUUAACAAGAAUGUGGUUGGUAAUAUUUUCUGAAAGCUGGAUAUGAGGCAAACGACCAACCGAGGCCGGAGGUUGUUUCCUUCGAUAAUAAAGAAGCCUUCCAACUCAUGAUAAAAAA